CAUUGGGAAUUAAAGGAAUUAAGAAGUAAUGUACUUCCUCUCCGGACUAUAGCCUCGCCAUCAGCCUUGUAGCCUCGCCAAAAGAAUUUCCACUAGGCUGGCUCUCAAAAAGAAUAUUGCACAGCAUCCCCAGCAACCCAAUCAUCUCACAACUUCUUCCCAAUUUUCGAGAUUGGUCGCUUUCAAGAAGUGUGUCUUCUCAAAAUGCCACCUUCUUCCACUCAACCUCUUCUUCUUUCGCCCGCCGAACUCUCUUACCUCCACACCUCACUAUCCCUCAACCCUCCAAUCCGCCCAGACGCCCGUACUUCUACUCAAUUUCGACCCCUCAUCGCCGAAUGUGAUGUUCUUCCCGGCACAAAUGGCAGUGCGCGCAUUUGUUUCGCAGAUGGUACUGAAGCUAUCGUGGGUGUGAAGUGCGAAGUUGAAAAAUCACGUCCGACUUAUCAGGGUGCUGAAUUCAGUACUUCAGAAAAUGAUGAUGAUGAAGAAGAGGAUGAAGAUAUGAGGGAAGCGAUCGAAAAAGAGAAGAUGGAGAGGGAACAAAAGGGCGAGAGAGAUUGGCUGGAGUUGAGCGUCGAGAUUCCCGGGUUUAGAGAUGAUGAUAGUAUGCCUGUUUUUAUGGCAGCUAUGUUGAGCGAGGCGCUGUUAGCAGAUGCAGAGUUUACGGCGAGAUUAUGGAUUAAUUCGAGGUUUCAUUGGAAGAUAUAUGUUGAUGUGAGUUAGCUUCGCCUAUUCACAUUCGAAUUCUUACGGCUUUUCCGAUUUUUAAUUUUUGCAAAAGCUAACAAUAUACUAGAUUUUACUACUUUCACAACCACUGUCCUACCCAUUACCCCUCCUCUCGCUAACAACCCAUCUCGCACUCCUAUCCACUCGCCUCCCUCGUCUCAAAUCCGAAGGUGAUGAAGAUCCUCUCUUCGACGAUGAUUGGGAAGCUUCUGUCUAUUUGUAUCCUCGAACACCACAAUCGACCAAUUCUCGACCCCCAAUCACACUUCUCGUCAUAUCUGUGGGCGAUAAUAUAAUUUUCGACCCUAGCAAAGAGGAACUUACAGUUGCUGAAGCUGUAUUAGCUAUCACAAUUGGAGAAAAAAGACGGAAGGACAGCGAUGUGGACAUGGAUUCUAGUGUUGCAAGAGAUUUGAGGUUAUUGGCUGUGAGGACUGUGGAUUUACCGGCCAGAUUAACGGCGCCUGGUGUACCGAAUACGAUGAACACCGCUACUGGAGGUGCGGCGGCUGAGACGACGGAUUUAGCAUCUACUCAGAGGGAGACAAUGAAGGAAGGAGGCGUUUGGCAACCACCGAGAGGAGGAAUUAAGAGAAAAUUGGUUGCGACUAUCAUCGCAAAGGUCAUGGAGCGCGGAGGCGUCUCAGAAGAGGUAUUGGAUGGAUUGGAGAAUGUGGAGCUGGCCUAGUUCGUGAUUUUACAAGGAAUUUUCUACAAUGAUACCCUUCUUCUUCCACAUGUACAAUAUCUCGUCUCAUUUGACUUGAUGCUAGAACAACGUUCUAGCCUGAAUUCAAAACAAAUUGGUAUCAAAAUUUCCAUCCGCCUCUCACCAAAUUCCCAGCCAUUUCUUCCCCGAAAAUUGUUUCUGAUAGACCACUUUCUUCUCCCCUUGCCCUUCCCCUUCCUCUCUCAUCUCCCCAAGACUCUCCGCUGCUGU